UUUUCCCGCGUAAAAAGAUCAAGAGGGUGACGGGAUACUAUAGCGAGGUAAUAGUCGAAGAAGAAAAACAGUAGACCUACUUUGCAAAUCGAAGCGAGUGAAUAAUGACAAUUAACUACGGAGUUUGAUGAUUUCGUGCUCCGGGCAUUCACCGUCUCAGUCGGUUCAAUUCCACCCACCUGGCACACAGUGCGACUCAUCACACUCACUCUCAGGGGACUUGACGAGGCGUUAAUCUAUCACACACGGAAGAGACUCGACCCCGGAACAUUGGACUCGAUCGUUUACAAAAAAACAGUCAGUCAAAGAGUGUGAGGGUUAAAAAAAAAAAAACCGAUUUAAUCCACCCUUUUGCCGUUUUAACUUUUGGUGUGGUUAUGACAAUGAAAGUGAGCGUAACUUUUAUAUAUGUCGCCUGCACGGCUGCACUGCUGAUCCUUGUGAGCUCCCCGGUGAAGGGAGCCUGGGAACCGACGGCUGGGUGCCACUUAGUGGGUUACAGAAAAGAAGUCAGGGUACCAGGGUGCCACAUAGAAUAUGUGAAGAUGAACGCCUGCAGAGGUUACUGUAUGACGUAUUCCUUCCUAUCCGAUACAGCAACACUUGAGAGAAGUGGAGGCACCCAACUAUUUACGUCACACGGAUCAUGCUGCUCCAUAACAUCGACACAUGACGUUCACAUCACACUACAAUGCGAAAACAACCAAGUAUACAAAGACACCUUCAAGUCUGCAAAGACCUGUAGUUGCGCCCUCUGUAGUACGCAAUAAAAAACCGCCAAAGUUACCCCUGAGGUGGAUUUCACAAAGGUAGUCCUAACUUAGGACUAGUCCUAGGCAUUGCUAAGAGAUAGGACUGGUCCUAAG